CAGAUCUGUGGUGAGACAUCGAACACAUACAUUUGCAUUACAAAAAGAGAAAAAAACUAAACCAAAGCUGACUAUUUUAGCUACAACAGAAUUCAUUAUGAGUUAUACAUGCACUCUAUGUUUAUGGAUGUGUAUUCUGGUUCUGAUUCCGUCUGUGUCAGGUGUAGCAAAUACUGCCAUAAAUUGCAUGGGAGGUGGAUAUUCAGGACAAAGUUCAACGUUGGCCUGUGCUAUAACUGGUUCUAUAGCUAGUGGAAUCAGAUGGGUGCGACCAAACGGUGGAUCCCCACAGGAGGUCAUAUGGUGUAACGUCGCUAACACUAUGUGCAUACCAGCUGGAGGUCUAACUGGUUAUAGUGCUUCUAUUGACUCGCCUACACAGACUACUCUUACCAUAGACUCAUUCGAUGCAGCAACAGAUGCUGGAGAAUGGAUUUGUCGUGACGGACUGAUAGGUCAAGGCCCGUCUUCAUGCAACAAGACAUUUUUUUAUGGACCCAUAGAAGCACAAUGACUCGCUAAACGUAACACUUACUUGCAACCCGACUUGCAAUAAACAGUACCCCCAUCCAUA